AUGCAGCCCACGUCCGUCGUCACUUUGUUCGUCCUCGCUUGCGCUGUCGCGGCCACUCUGGCCUUCCGCCCGUCGACCGACGCCCCUUCGUCGGAUUUGGAACCCCUUGCGGUUGUCGCCGAAGGCAGCCAUGGCGCUGUGAAGGGCACCAACGGCAUCUUUUAUUGGGGGUGCGGUUCGGUGGCAUCACGCUCCAUGAACAUCGUGGGCUUGGUCGGGCAGCGCAUUGGCAGCGUCCGUGGUGGCGCGAGAAAGCUGCCAGGUUCACCGAUGUGA